UCCAUCUAUUCCACCUCUUGGUCCAGAAAGGCGAGAAAAGGGUGUCUUGGAAGAAAAAGCUUUCGUAUCUCUCUCUCUCUCUCUUCAAUCCCAUACACAAUCGCAACGUCAAAACCCUAAUCCUAAUUUCUGAAACACCACCGAUCAUCAUUAUCAUCAAUCGGAAUUGUGAGAGAUUUGAAUCCAUUUUGAAACGGAAUUGGAGAGAACAAAAGCAAAUAGAAUUGCAGACGGAGAUCUCGAACAAUGUCUGCAAUUGUGUGCGGCAAGAGAUCUUUCUUCGAAGACCUCCCUUCAUCUCCUCAAUCCUCCUCUUCAUCGCCUCCUGUUUCCAAGCGGCUUCGCUGCUUUUCUUCCACCUCUCCUGUUCGAUUCUUCUCCAACUUUCCCUCUCUCUUCGAUCAGCUCCGAGCUCGUUUCCCUGACAUGGACGAUCAGCUUAUUGAGAAGGCGUUAAAUGAAUGUGACAAUGAUUUAGAUGCGGCUAUUAAGAGCCUGCAUGAGCUUUCUCUUGGAUAUGGGGUGGGAAACACAGAUUCUGCUGAAGAAUCAAAUGCAAAUAUGGAGAAAGGUACAACGACGACUGAUGGAGAUACAGCUCCUUCAGCCCAAAACAAUCUUCACAUGGAUGGUGCAGAGUGGGUGGAAUUGUUUGUGAGGGAAAUCACGAGUGCUACUAGCAUGGAUGAUGCUAGAUCCCGUGCUGCAAGUUUGCUGGAGAGUUUAGAGCAGUCUAUUAGUGUUCGAGCUGGUACUGAGGCAGCUCAAAGUUAUCACAAGGAGAAUUUGAUGCUCAAGGAACAAAUUGAAGUUAUCUUCCGCGAGAACACAAUUCUCAAACGUGCUGUGGCUAUUCAGCAUGAACGUCAGAAAGAGUACGAUUAUAAGAAUCAAGAGGUGCAGCAUUUGAAGCAGUUGGUGUCUCAGUAUCAGGAGCAAUUGAGAACGCUUGAGGUGAAUAACUAUGCAUUGACAAUGCAUUUGCAGCAGGCUCAGCAAAAUAACUCUAUACCUGGACGCUUCAAUCCUGAUAUCUUCUAAUGAAGAGAGGGAACUUAAAAGCAAAGUCAAUAAAACAAGCUUGAUUAUCAGUUCAAACACAUGGGUGUUUGUCAAAGAAACAAUGUUUGUUUGUUUUGUUUGUUGCAAGAAUGAAGUAAGUACUAGGGCUGGAAGGUAAAGAUGUGUAGGUUUCGCUGCUUUUGCCCUCCAUCUUUCUGCUUCAAAGUCUAGGUUGUGAUAGUCAUAACCUCAAUCAAGGUUAUGGUUGAUUAAAAAAAUUUAAGGUCUUUUUAAGUUAUUAUGGAUGCUAUUUUAUCUCUAGCAGCGGAGAUUUGGUGUGCCUUUUUUUUUCGGCUCUUGGAGCUUUUGAA